GAACAGAUCGAAGUCGAUCCGAUUUAAAACAUAACCAGGGAGCUGGGUAAAACAAUGGCAAAUGCAAAGAGCAACCUUAAGGUUCUUGUAGUAGGUGGUUCUGGGUAUAUUGGGAGAAGGAUUGUUGCGGCAUGUCUAGCACAAGGCUACCCGACUUACGUCCUUCAAAGGCCGGCGACGGAGAUUGGCCUUGAUAUUGAGAAACUACAAAUGCUCUUAUCUUUUAAGAAGCAAGGGGCUCAUCUCGUAGAGGGGUCAUUUUCUGAUAUCCAAAGCCUUGUUGAUGCCGUCAAACAAGUCGAUGUUGUUAUUUGCACCAUGUCGGGGGUGCAUUUCCGGAGUCACAACCUCCUUUUGCAGCUCAAGCUUGUUGAAGCCAUCAAACAAGCUGGAAAUGUUAAGCGCUUCUUGCCAUCAGAGUUCGGUAUGGACCCGGCACGUAUGGGAGAUGCAAUUGAACCCGGAAGAGUAACAUUUGAUGAGAAAAUGGUCGUGAGAAAAGCAAUAGAAGGUGCUAAAAUCCCCUUCACUUAUGUGUGUGGCACUUGCUUCGCCGGUUACUUUGCUGGAAACCUCUCGCAGAUGGGAACACUUUUGCCUCCUAAGGAUAAAGUCCUUAUAUAUGGAGAUGGAAACACUAAAGUAUCCAUCACAGACGAAGAUGAUAUCGCGACCUAUACAAUCAAGACGAUAGAUGAUUCAUGAACUUUGAACAAAACAUUGUACCUUCUUCCACCUGAAAACCUAAUCACUCAAGGACAACUGGUGGAGAUCUGGGAAAAUCUCAUCGGGAAGGAACUAGCGAAAAACUUCCUUUCUAAAGAAGACAUUCUUGCCUCUAUGAAAGGUAUGGAAUAUGCAGGCCAGGUCGGGGUGGGACAUUUCUAUCAUAUUUACUAUGGAGGCUGUUUGACAAACUUCGACAUAGGGGAGGAAGGAGAAGAAGCUUCAAAGCUUUAUCCAGAUGUGAAAUACACACGCAUGGAUGAAUACUUGAAGAUUUAUGCAUGAGACUGAAAUAUACGUCUCUACGAUUGAUAAAAGCUAUCUUAUAUUAUGUAUAUGAAACAUAUAUACAUAUAGGACUA